AUGGAGACUGCCGGGAUCGAUGCUUUCAGCAGUCCAAUCUUCCUCACAGCCAGCGGGCUGUUGCAGGCAUUUUGCAUCAUCAAGCUCAUACGCGCAUCGAUGGAACACAGAGACUAUGUUUUCCGAUUCUUGCAAACUGUUGUCAUGCAUUCGUGCUGGUUGAUGAAUUUGUCGGCCGGACCGAAACAUGCGGCACAGGGUAUUGCAAGAGAAGUCUGUCGUCUUCGGCUGCGCUUAGCACAUGGCUACUUGUAUUUCCUCGUGGUCACCACAGGGUUCUCAAUCAUAUCAGUGCAGAUUGGCAUUUUGAGGAAUCAGCAGUCGAACGCGCCGCCAGCAUUUUACUGGACAAUUCUGCUUUUGUUCGGCUUCUCUACUGCGCAUCUGCUAUUUCCGACGAUCCUGCAGUCAUCAACACUGGAUGUGCUUUACGUGGCCACUAUGGCGGCUGCGGCAUUUUUGCUGAGUCCUUGGUGUACGCGUGCAGACGCGAUCCCUUACAUGUCGAUUGUCCUGCUUGCUUUUUUGCGGCUUCCUGCAAGUAGCUUUGCGACGAGGCCUUCCAUUGCAGUGGCUGGAAAUGUGGGUGUUGCCAUAGUCAUGAUGGUAAGAACCAUGGUUGACUUCGAUGAUUCGCUUUGCGAUGGAAGUGUCGGCACCAGCUGCAAUGUCGGCAGAGACAUUUAUUUCGAGCGUGCUGCUCUCGUCACUGAAGUAUCCUCCUUCUUCCUGGUUGCAGGUAUUUCUCUUUCGGCGGAGGCAGUGCUGCGAAGGACCGUGCAGCAAGGUCGCGAGUACAAUGAGGCGACCAAUGAACUUAGUGCUGCGACGUCUCUCCUGCGGCUGACUUGUGACGCGGUCGUCGAGCUGGAUGAGGACUUCUGCCUCACAGAGCAUUCUCCGGAACUUGCGGCCAUUCUCCUACGAGAUCGACCUGGCUCCACGCUGGCUGGGGUAAAGUUCACAGACUUCGUGGCCACACCUGAGGAGGCUGCCCAGACGGCCCGUUUGUUGAACGGAUCAAACGGACAUGAGAACUUCGAUGAUCAGGCUGAUCAGGCGGGCGUGUCUGCCCACGCCUUCCAUACUCGCCUUGUGGACACCAACUCGAGCAAAUUCCGUACGGAGGUUUUCCAGGUCAAGUACUGCAAGGUGGGUGAUGCCGUGCGUCAUCUCAUUGGGUUGCGUGAGAUCACCGACCAGCAGUCCUUGGCCAGACAAAGCGUGACACUCCCUGCAUGUGAUCCUGACGACUCGUCCAUGUCUUGUCCAUAUAGACUUUUGGGUUCUGCAGAUGGUUCGCCGGUGGCCCAGGCUAACAACCGCUGCUCAUCUGCAAAGUCUAUGUCAGAAGGCGAAAAGGAAGUUCGGCCCAUCGUUUAUCUGACGCUGGGUAACCUCACGGGAUCGUGCAGCGUGGUGGAGGCAUCUGUUUCGGCUUCGAGCCUGGUUGGAAUACGAGUGACCGAGCUGUUUCCUGGCAUGGGCUCGCAGUCGUUGGAAGGUCUGUUGGCAGAGGUGGACCGCUGCGAGGUCGCAGAAGAAGUAGGUCUUCUGGCCCAGAAACAGCACUUCUUCAAGGAAUGGCUGGUGCAGUGGAGCCCAGGGCAGACUGAUUAUGUCGACGGCCUGGUACAUAUAUUGAAAUCAGACAGUGGUUCGCAUCAGCUACUCCUGUGCUGCAGGGCAGCCAAUUUGUCGCCGCUUGCGUCGCCAAGUGGGGUUUCCUCAGAGGCUCCGAGACAACAGUCAGCUGCGUCAGCUUUCUCCAUCCUUCCCGGCAUGCCCUUCGAGGACAGGGCCCCGUCGCUGCACUGA